AGGGAUUCGAGCAAUAUCUUCACAUUCGCCUUCAUCGUCGCUUCGAGUAUUAGUUGAAAAAGAUGUUUUCCGCGUUAAAUACCGCGGUGAGAGCCGCUACCAAGGCGGACAAGAAGAUUUUAUCCUUCUUCACCACUGCAAACCGUCAAUAUGCAGCAAAGGCAGCAGCUAAAGCCGCUGGCGCAUCCCAAGGCAAGGUCGUUGCUGUAAUCGGUGCCGUUGUCGAUGUCCAAUUCGACGAGGAUUUGCCCCCAAUUUUGAACGCCUUGGAAGUUCAAGGGCGUCAACAGCGCUUGGUGUUGGAAGUUGCCCAACAUUUGGGAGAAAGCACCGUCCGCACCAUCGCCAUGGACGGUACCGAAGGUCUUGUGCGCGGACAAAAAGUCUUGGAUACCGGAUAUCCCAUCCGUAUCCCGGUCGGCGCCGAAACUUUGGGUCGCAUCAUGAAUGUCAUCGGCGAACCAAUUGACGAACGUGGUCCCAUCGAAACCACAAAAUCCGCUCCCAUUCACGCCGAAGCUCCCGAAUUCGUUGAGAUGUCUGUCGAGCAGGAAAUUCUCGUCACAGGUAUCAAGGUCGUCGAUUUGUUGGCUCCCUACGUAAAGGGUGGCAAAAUUGGAUUGUUCGGCGGUGCCGGUGUCGGCAAAACUGUCUUGAUUAUGGAGCUUAUUAACAACGUUGCCAAGGCUCAUGGUGGUUAUUCCGUGUUUGCGGGUGUCGGCGAACGUACGCGUGAAGGUAACGAUUUGUACAAUGAAAUGAUUGAGUCCGGUGUCAUCUCCUUGAAGGACAAAACAUCCAAGGUAGCUCUUGUCUACGGUCAAAUGAAUGAACCUCCAGGCGCUCGUGCUCGUGUCGCUUUGACUGGUUUAACUGUCGCCGAAUAUUUCCGUGAUCAAGAAGGACAAGAUGUGUUGCUCUUCAUUGACAACAUUUUCCGUUUCACUCAAGCCGGUUCUGAAGUAUCUGCCUUGUUGGGUCGUAUUCCAUCUGCUGUCGGUUACCAACCAACUUUGGCUACUGACAUGGGUACUAUGCAGGAACGUAUUACCACAACAAAGAAGGGUUCAAUUACCUCAGUACAGGCCAUUUAUGUGCCAGCUGACGAUUUGACUGAUCCUGCUCCCGCUACAACAUUCGCUCACUUGGACGCUACCACUGUAUUGUCUCGUGCUAUUGCCGAAUUGGGUAUCUACCCCGCUGUCGAUCCCCUCGAUUCGACCUCACGUAUCAUGGACCCCAACAUCAUCGGUGACGAGCAUUACAACAUCGCUCGUGGCGUGCAAAAGAUUUUGCAAGAUUACAAAUCGUUGCAAGAUAUCAUCGCCAUCUUGGGUAUGGAUGAGUUGUCUGAAGAGGACAAAUUGACCGUCGCCCGUGCUCGCAAGAUCCAACGUUUCUUGUCGCAACCCUUCCAAGUUGCCGAAGUCUUCACAGGCCAUCCCGGCAAAUUGGUACCUUUGGAUGAGACCAUCAAGGGCUUCACCAAGAUCUUGGCUGGCGACUACGAUCACUUGCCCGAAGUUGCAUUCUACAUGGUUGGUCCCAUCAACGAGGUUGUCGAGAAGGCUGAACGCUUGGCCAAGGAAGCCAACUAAAAACCCACACUAGAUACUAACUGCCGCACUCGUAAAUUAAAAAAAAACAUCAAAUGUAGCAAAAAAAAUCUCUAAUAAUCGCACGAAGAAGGAUAAAGUCGCCCGAAAAACGCUUAAAAAACGGAAAACUCUUUGAAAAUUUAUCAUAAAAAAUAUUGUUAUAAGAAACGAAUGUCUGUACGAUCAUCUAAUUGUAUUUCAACUAAUAUUUUUGUUGCUGCCGGAAUGCAUUCCUCCCAAUUGUCUUCCGAACAGCAACAAUUUACCUACAUCAAUAAACUGAAUAUAUAGAAAGGAUUAAGAUUGAAACACAAUUGAUUCCCAAUAAAGUCUGCGAAAACACCCCCUUUAA